AUGGGUCUCUUCAAGCGCAAGGACUCGAAGAAUUCCAUCCAGAGUGAUCGGGAUGAGCAAGAUUCCUUCGCUACAGUGAACAGUGCCCGGACCUCGAAUGCGUCAUUGAGGUCGCCGGGUUAUAAAGGCAGCGGUCUCCCAGCGUCGAUCCCCGAGCUCCCGAUUGCCAAACCGCCUGACCCGGCAUUGGAUCCAGGAGCCUAUCUUCGAAGCAUCCAUGCUGUGCGCGAGCGGUGCCGCUUUGUCGCCGAGAAGGCGAAGAGAAAUCGACUGAACCAUUUCGACGUGGAUAUGAGCAAAUUCACCGCGACAGCAUCAUACAUCGUAUCCAUUAUCAAAAGAGACUACGCCCCGGACUAUGCAUCCAUCCCACCCCACGGUCGCUGGCAGCACUUCGAUGUGGGCGGAAGACCCCGUAUCAAUCAACUGUUGCAAUCGUGGCCCAGUACCAUCGACGCGCAAGAACGGACCCGGCGACUGAUCGAUCUCUUCGUCAUCUCCGUCCUCCUGGAUGCCGGCGCCGGCACGAAAUGGUCGUACAAAUCGAAGGAGUCGGGCAAGAUCUACAGCCGAAGUGAGGGCUUGGCCGUCGCGACCCUGGAAAUGUUCAAGAGCGGCUUGUUCAGCAGCGAUCCGACAGAACCAUGCCAGGUCGACGGCGCGGGUCUCAAGAAGAUCACGGUGGAUGUGUUGGCGAAAGGCAUGCAACAUUCGGAACAUAACCAGCUGGCAGGCCUCGAAGGGCGAGCGGGGCUGCUGAUGCGGUUGUCCGAGGCCCUGAAUAAUCAAGAGUUCUUCGGGGUGGACGCUCGGCCAGGAAAUAUGCUCGACUACUUGCUUUCCCAUCCGUCAACCCUGGCUUCCUCCGUACCCAUUGUUCCCAUUACCACACUCUGGACCGUCCUCAUGGACGGUCUCGCCUCGAUCUGGCCGCCAUCCAGAACCCAGGUGGACGGGGUCUCAAUCGGAGAUGCCUGGGUCUGCUCGGACAUGCCCAGGUCCCCACCCGCGCAGCCGUGGGAAACCGUUGUUCCGUUCCACAAGCUUACCCAAUGGCUGUGCUAUUCCAUCAUGGUACCGAUGUCGAAGCUCAUGAACAUUCACGUCGCCGGCAGUGACCUCCUGACGGGACUUCCCGAAUACCGCAAUGGCGGUCUGCUCAUCGACAUGGGCCUGUUGACGCUCAAGGAGGCCGACCUGGAACGGGGCCUUGCGGCCUACAAACAGAACGCUCAGAUCAAGGGCCAACCGAAUGUGGAGGUAGUGCCGCUCUUUUCCACUGACGAUGAUGUGGUGGUCGAAUGGCGGGCCGUGACCGUGGGAUUCUUGGAUGACCUGCUGGACGAGGUGAACGGUCAGCUGGGACUGAGAGGCGAAGACCAACUGUCCCUCGCACAGAUGCUUGAAGCCGGCUCCUGGAAGGGUGGCCGUGAGAUCGCCGAGGUUUCGCGACCAAACACCAAAGAGCCUCCGAUCAUGAUCCGAUCCGAUGGCACUGUCUUCUAA